CUUAGCUUCUCUCUGUGUGUGGUGGUGAGUUAUAGUUGGAAAAUGGCAGAAGGUUCAGCAAAAGACCUUGAAUUGUUCACUUGCCCAGUCUGUCUGGAUCUACUGAAGGAGCCGGUGACUAUUGCCUGUGGACACAGUUACUGUAUGAGCUGCAUUAACGACUGCUGGAAUCAGGAAGAUAAAAAAGGAAUUUACAGGUGCCCACAGUGCCGUCAGAGUUUCUCUCCAAGGCCUGUUUUGAGCAAAAACAACAUAUUCUCCGAAUUAGUGGGGCAAAUGCGGAGGUUAGCUAAUCAGACGGCUACUCCUGCUGAUGAGUAUGCUGAGCCUGGACAAGCAGAGUGUGAUGUUUGUACUGGGAGAAGACUCAAAGCUGUCAAGUCCUGUCUGGUGUGUCUGGUGUCUUACUGUGACUCUCACUACAAAGUCCACAACCUGAUGAACCCAGGACGGAAACACAAAGUGAUUGAUGCCACAACUAACCUACAGGAGAAGAUCUGCUCUCAGCAUGAGAAGGUACUGGAAAUCUUUUGCAAGACUGACCAGAGUUGUAUCUGCUACCUGUGCACAAUGGAUGAACACAAUGGACAUAAGACCAUUUCAGCUGCUGCAGAGCGAGCUGAGAAACAGACACAGCUGGCGGAGACAAAGAGGAAACUCCAGCAGAGAAUCCAGGAAAGAGAGCAGGAGCUUAAGGACCUGAGGAAGGCUGUGGUAAUACUCAAGAGCUCUGCGCAGGCAGCAGUGGGAGACUGUGAGAGGAUGUUUGCUGAGAUGAUCCAGUGCAUCGAGAGAAGACGCUCUGAGGUGAAACGGCUCAUUGAAGCUCAGGAGAAAACCGAGGUGACUCGGGCUGAAGAACUGGUGAAGCAGCUGGAGCAGAGGAUUGCUGAACUGAAGAGGAAAGAUGCAGAACUAGACCUCCUUCCACACACUGAGGAUCACAUCCACUUCCUCCAGAGAUUCCAGUCUGUUUCUGCAUCAGAUGAAUAUAAAGACCUACCCAGUGUAACUGUCAAUCAAACCCCCUCUUUUGAUGUGAUGAGAUCUGUCUCUGCAUUGAAGCAGCAUGUAGAGGACUUCUGCAAGCAGGAAGUCAUUAAGAUAUCUAAAGAAGUGAUCAGCAUCAGAGCUGUUUUGCCCCCUGAGCCUAAGACAAGAGAGGAGUUCCUACUAUAUUACCAUGGCUUCACACUGGAUCCCAACACAGUUUUCAGACAAAUGUUUCUCAUGGAAGGGAACAGAGGGGUGGAAUGGAAAAAUCGCCCAGCACCUAAAUGGCAUACCCAUCCAGACAGAUUUCAGCAUGUAUGUCAGGUUUUGUGUACAGAGAGUGUGUCUGGACGAUGCUAUUGGGAGGUGGAGUGGAGUGGACGAGGGAUUGCCAUAGCAGUCUCAUAUAAAGGAAUCGAUAGAGGGGGGUAUGAUGGUGAUUUUGGCCGUAAUAAUCUCUCUUGGUGUCUAGAGAGGAACGUUUAUGACUUCUCUUUUUGGCAUAAUAAUGAACAGACACCUCUAUCUACCACUUGCAGUUUCAAAAUAGGAGUGUAUGUGGAUCACAGGAUUGGAUCUCUGUCCUUCUAUAGUGUCUCUGAUGAUGCAAUGACCCUUUUGCACAGAGUUCAGACCACAUUCACUGAGCCCCUAUACCCUGGCUUUAAGAUGUUGGUUCCACAGACAUCAGCAAAGAUGUUGUGACUCCAAUAUUUUCAAUACCUGAACAACCUUUAUGUGUGACAAGUGAGAGUUCUGGAAUUGGAACUUAUGAUUUUUAAAUUCAUAAGUAGGCUAGUUUAGGCUAUGUCCUUGUUUCUGUUAUGUGUUCCACCACAUACAGUAGGGGGUCAAAUACUUCCUCCCCCUAGCAUUUAAGGAAGAACAUUUAUUUAUUUACAAUACAUUCUUCAAUCACAAAUAAAAUUGAUAGCGGUUUGAUUUUUACUCAUUUUUUGAAUGAAGGCAUUAAGAUCAAUUGUCAAAUGAUGAUUUUAUAUUCCUCUUUUUAGGCAACUUUAGCAUGGUAUCACAUGUUCUCCCCACUGUAUGAGAUGAGAUGACUGUCAUUAUUUUAUUCUGUUCCUGUACUGUCCCUGUGUAGCCUAUAUUUGUGUGUGACUAUUAUGUUUAAAGUUCGGAAGGAAUACUUUUGCAAUGUGUCACUGUUCUGCAUGGGUGCAUCCCCUGUGUCAGUAUCUGCUCCGGAUUGCCAGGUUUACACCGAUCAGUGUCUGAUUCAGUGUGGUCCACAUGAAAUGGGAUGACCAAUGCCAACUCUUUCGUCAACCGGGAAGAAGGCUACUAAUUCCUUGUCUAGUUUGUUUUUCCUAUCAUUGUCCUGACUGGGUCUUCAUCUCUUGUAUAAUGUGUAGCCAAUUCUGCUAUUCCAAUAAGAUAUCAUUAAAUAGGCUAAAUAAAAGACAUCAUUAAAUAAAUAAAAUAGAAUACUA